CAUAUCUCAAGAACUUGUUUCACCACGUACAUUUCAUUUCCAUUUACAAAUCCAAGAUCAUUCUCGCCCCUUACAAGGCAAGAUAUAGCUAUCUCGAAGACCGGGGCAACUUGAAUCCGAGCAACUGUACUGAACGCGAACACAAACACGAAGAUGAUGGGUCGUCAAGGAGUUGUGUCGAUGGCCGGAUUGUUGGUCUUAUUUGCGCUGGCUUCGACAAGAACUACUAUGGCUACUGACUACACCGUGGGUGAUAGCAUGGGCUGGACAGGUCCUCCUAAUAUUACCGAGGGAUUCUACAACGAUUGGGCCGCUGGUAAAACCUUCGAGGGCGUUGAUAGUUUGAAAUUCGUAUGGAAUGGUUCCCACAACGUGGCCAUUGUAUCAAAGGAAGAUUAUGAAAACUGCACCAAGGUCAGCUCCUACUUCAUCGGCGGCUCCGCAUUCACAUACACUCUCCCCUCGAACGCGAGCGGGAUGUACUACUUCAUCUGCACAGUCGACUCCCACUGUGAGGGAGGACAGAAGCUAGCGAUUAACGUCACGUCCUCGGAACCCUCCACUACCGACGACGGCAGCUCGGCCCCAUUGUUGGCGAUCGGAGCCCUAUCAUCAGCAGUUCUCCCUGCCGGGGUCCUGCUGCUUCACUUGCUCAAUUGAAGCAGACUGACAACUCAACCAUAUACAGUGAAUCUUUCAGUUUCCGGUAUCAUGUGUCAAUUUGUUUUUGUAGUGUGUGGUGUCGCAUUUGAAAAUUGGUUAUUAUCGUGUUGUAAUAAAGUGUACGCGCUCGUCCAUUGACGGGCUCACGUGCUAGAAGAAACAUACUAUGUAAGCGAAUAGAUACGGUCACCUUAUUAUUUACUAAGAUCCGGAAUUCCGUAAACUGUCGGUCCAUCCAGAACAUUAGGGUUGCGUUUGGUUUUAUAGUAGGAUUUUAAAAUCAGAUUUUGAUUUUGAUUUUGAGUGGAAUAAAUGGGGCCCACCCUUUGACUUUGUAUGA